AUGAGCAGAGGCUACAAAAAGGCUGAGAAGGAAGGCUUCUCGGUCACGACUGUCAUGAUGCCAUACUCUAAGCAGUCCAAACGUGCCGCCAACUCAUGGGGUACAUACGCCGUUCCCUCCAAAGAAGCCCGACGCCAGAACCCCGAGGCGGUCCUCUCCUCACAUUCUGUGCCAUCAUCAUCACCCAACCCACAGGCCCCCGAGCAUGAGGAUUUCGCUACCGUCGCCCAGGCCAAGGAGCAAGGUCCCGUAUUGGGUAUAUUGCCAAGCUGCUUCAACUCCUUGUCUGCCUGCCAGAAGUCAACGCACAACUGCUCCAGCCACGGCGAAUGUAAGCUCCUGCACAAGGGCCGCGGAUCUGGCAAAGAUACAGAGACGGUAGAUUGCUAUGGCUGUGCCUGCGCUCCUACUGUCAAGCAGACAGGCGAAAAGAAGGGUGAGCAACAGGUGACCUACUGGGGCGGUCCAGCUUGCCAAAAGAGGGACAUUUCAGUACAAUUUUGGCUCUUUGCUCUGAGCGGUGUUGUACUGGCUUUCUUGGUCGCGGCUGGCAUCGGCAUGCUGUACUCAAUGGGCAGUGAGGAGCUCCCUAGUGUCAUCGGUGCUGGCGUCAGUGGGCCUGUGAGGAAGUAG